AUGUGGGAGACACUAGCCGGUGUUUUAGAAAACUUUGCUGAAGUUUUCUUUAAGAAUAAAACCCUGCAAAACAUCAACGAACCGGGUGGCGGAGCGGCCGGAAACCGGAUGCUGUACGGCGGUUCCCAGCGGCACACCGAAAAGAAGGCUCGGCUGUCCCGGUCCUUGACCCUUCCGACGUUCACCGUUCCCGGUACCAAUGCGGCGGCCCUCGGAGGACGGCUCCAGCAACAGCAACAACCGAACCCGCUGGAGCCCUUGAAAACAUCGUCCAACAACUUCCUGUACGAGGCCCGGUUAAUCGGUUCCGGCACGACUCCGGUCAGUGGAAACAGUCCCAAAAUUAUGCUUACCACGGAUGAUACCUCGUUCGACUACCGGCGGAAGUCGUCCGGGGGAAGCGGUCUGUUCACGCCCUGCGGUGGAGCCCCUUCGGUUGCCCCGGCCGAACCGCACAUCUACGACUUCGACGAGAAACGACCCAGCGGAGACGGAUCGGUUGUGAUAAGUGUAACAUCCCCGGGAGCCUGUCAGAUACCUACGUCCAAAUCGUUCGGGUUAACCUCGUUCAACCUGGUCAACCUGCAGAACGCAACCAAUAACACCUAUGGCAGCAGCAACACCAGUGGCUUGAGCACCUGUCACGGUGGCCACGGCGAUCGGAACAGCUUCAGCGGAACCAGCAGCGUCAAGCGGGGCAGCGACGUCACGGCGUACGGCUCUGCGGCAUCGGCUCAGCUAAUCAGCAAUAGCACCAACAGUGCCAUCUAUCGGUUGGCACGAAUUAUCAACCAGACAACGAAGGCCAUCCCAGCGGAUUCGGGCAAGGGCGGCGGCGGUAACAACCUCCAGUACCAGAGCAACGACGAUUCGGCCCGUAGGCUUUCCUGGGAGAGACGGGAUCCGGGCAGCAAACCGAUGCCCCGAUCUUCGAGCAUCGAUUCUAUGGUGGACGCGGUGUGGAGCGAGUUUCCGGCGUCGGCCCCCGGGAGUGCCCGGAACUCGGUCUCCAAUCAGUCGUCCCAGUCGACGACCAAUGUACCCUCGAAUCUGAACAUUUUCCUGAGCUCGAAUCGGCGUGAAAGUAUGCUCAGCCCUUCGUCCAAUCGGCGAUCCAAACAGCAGCGUGGCAUUUCCGGGAAAACUCAUCAGCCUUCGGGAUCAAAAAGCGAACAGAUUACCGGUGUCAAUUUCGUUCUAACAAGGUAUGGGAAAAAGCUGCUCCCCAUCAUCUCCAUCGGUAUUAUAAACAACAACAGCAGCAGCCAUCAUCAUCAAUCUUGUAGCCCAAUUUCGGAGGAUGACUCGUCGUUCGUUUUCUGUGUCUAA